GACAGACUGUGAGCGAAGAGUAUUGUCUCAAUUGGUUUCAAAAUUAUCACUAUAUCUGACAUCUGGUUGAGUGACAAUCACUGCAAUCACACGACUAUGACAUCCACUCCAAGAAGUGCGGGCGAAGACUCUCUCAAUGAGUCGUGGGUCGAAGUGAACGGUAGCCAAACGAUGGGAACUCCCGUUCAUCUGAUGGGAAGAAGUGGUGGAAUACAC